AUGCAGCGGCCGGAGGCCUGGCCACGUCCGCACCCGGGGGAGGGGGCCGCGGCCGCCCCGGCCGGGGGCCCGGCGCCGCCCGCCCGAGGCCGGGAGCCCGCGGGGCUGCGGUUGCAGGAACCUUCCCUCUACACCAUCAAGGCUGUCUUCAUCCUAGAUAAUGACGGACACCGCCUGCUGGCCAAGUAUUACGACGACACAUUCCCCUCCAUGAAGGAGCAGAUGGCCUUCGAGAAAAAUGUCUUCAACAAGACCAGCCGGACUGAUAGUGAGAUUGCAUUUUUCGGGGGCAUGACCAUCGUCUACAAGAGCAGCAUUGACCUCUUCCUGUAUGUGGUGGGCUCAUCCUACGAGAACGAGCUGAUGCUCAUGUCUGUUCUUACCUGCCUGUUUGAGUCCCUGAACCAUGUGUUAAGGAAGAACGUGGAGAAGCGCUGGUUGCUGGAGAACAUGGACGGAGCCUUUCUGGUGCUGGACGAGAUUGUGGAUGGCGGUGUGAUUCUGGAGAGUGACCCCCAGCAAGUGAUCCAGAAAGUGAAUUUUAGGGCGGAUGACAGCGGCUUAACUGAGCACAGUGUGGCCCAGGUCUGUCUGCCCGGACUAAUUCUGCUUUUAUGGAGUUUCCUGCCCUGCCACUAACUACCUCCUGCUGUAAUGGCCCAAGCUCAGAUGGGCCUGUACCAUCCCACGUGGGGCCCCAGGUGUGGUGCCCACUUUCCUGUGAUUGCCCUUCGUACUCACACUGCCUCUCCCUCUUCCCAGUUCCCAAUGCCUCCUCCUACCCUGCUGAGAUGAAUGCAGCCGCAUGGCAAUUUUCAGGGCUAAAGAGGUUAAGGAGCAGAGCAGAUAAGAACAGAAGUGCUGGUGUGAGUCAUCCCAGGAUGUAUGUUGUGCCUUAUCACCUACAAGCUGGGUGGCCUAGGGCAAGUUACUCAACUUCUCUGGGCCUCACAUAAUCACAGGACACUCCUCAUAGAGUUAUCAUAGAGAAUUAGAUGAGCUAAUGCAUGGAGAGCUCUUGGCCUAGAUCCUGUUUUCCAAAGGGGGAAAGAAUGAAGGCACAGCACUUUUAAUGGAAUUCUUGAGUAAAAAAACUGAGGAAGUUGCAGGUAGUGAAUGGGAGAUGAAAUGAGGAGAAAGAUUUUUGCCGAGAGAAGCAGGAGAACUCCAGGGCCAGGCUGUCCCUGAGAAAGGAGGGGGAGUGGGCAGGAGGAAGGGACAUACAGUGUGGGAUUGACCUUCUUCGAAAGGGAAUGAGGCUUGAUGGCUGGAGGGACAACGUGAGGGACAUACCUGGGGUCCCCACCACGUUGGCAUGGUGUGUGCACAGUCGUAUGGAUCUGUGUGAACAUGGGGCUGAGGCGGUUUCCUCAGCAGGAUGUUAGAGUGAACACAUCUGGGUGCAGGUGACCCUCAGCAGAGUCUGCCCAGGAGCCCUUUGCCAGCUGUGCCACAUCAGCAGCGGGUUGGGGUGGGGUGUUGAGGACCUACUGCCAGCCAAAGCCAGAGCUAGGGGUUUGCUGAGGUGUCUGGGCACAGGAAGUGUCAGGCCUGGGCCCGUCUCUGCCUGGACGUGGCACUGUGGGCGGGAGCUUGAAUGGCAUGGUGUGGGGAGUCAGGGCUGCUGCCACACCCAGGGCUGCAGAUGCAGGAGCGGAGAGCUGGGCAGGCUCUGGCCUGGGCUGGUUGUUGGCUGCAUCCAGUUACGGCUGCUCUUCCCAUCUUGACGGCCCGGCCCCACUUACGGCAGGCAGAGAUGAGCUGCUGCCACCUAGUGACCGGGGAUUAUAGGGACGCGUAGAGAGAGGCUAUAGACCGCCCCCUCCCCCGUCUCACUGCAGUGUUAAUGUACUUGUCAUUCCUCCCCAGUAAUUCUCUCAACCUUGCACACCCCCA